CAGGAGGAGACGCUGCACGAGGUGCGCAGGGAGGUGUACGACAAGCUCGUGGAAGAGGCGUGGAGGAUCGCCAUGCGGACCAGGCACUACCUGACCACCCAGUGCCUGGACACGCCCUGCGACUCCGCGUGGAUGAUGUUGUACACGCGCGGAAGCGAC